AUGACAUCUACAGACUCUGAACGUUCACGUUCACAUACAAUCUCUAAACUGAGUCGAUUGUUUACAUCAACAUCGACCCAAAAUUCCAGCAUUUCAAAUCCGGAAACUCGAUCCUUCUCAAACAAAUCAACAGCUUCAAACAAUAGCAGUUCUGAAUCAUUAUCGAGAACAUCAUCAACACGCAAGGGCAAAGUUAGCAGGCUACAAAUAAUGGAAGAUGGUUCGCAUAUCCAUCAUUUAAGAAGUGCGAAAAGGCAAGAGAAGUUGAGUUUGAUGAUGAAAGACUGGAUCAGUGGUGGCACAAAGAGGAACGAUGCGGUUUCAGCGAUCCCGAAUAUAUUCAAUGACAAAACUUCUGAAACAAAACUCCCGCCCACUUUAUUUGCAACGUAUGUUAAGGAACAGCACAAUUUCCCUCAGGGUAAAAGCGUCAAUCAGCCCGUCAUGAAUGAUGGUGGAUCUUUUUUCGAGAAGUAUGGGAAAUGCCAUGAAAUUGUGGGUAAAGGUGCGUUUGGAGUAGUGAAAGUGUCACAUAAGAAAGUAGGGAGUAACCAAGAGGUGUUGUAUGCUGUGAAGGAGUUUCGGAAGAGACAGAAUGAGCCGGAGGAGAAAUACAGUAAGCGAUUAACGUACGAAUUUUGCAUUUCAUCAUCGUUGAAGCACGACAAUAUCAUCAAUGCCUUUGACUUAUUCAAGAAUUCCAAAGGUGAAUACUGUGAGGUCAUGGAGUAUUGUACUGGUGGUGAUCUAUACUCUUUGAUUGUAUCUGCCGGGAAACUAGAGUAUAUAGAAGCAGAUUGUUUCUUCAAACAAAUACUACGGGGUGUGCAUUAUAUCCACAAGAUGGGGGUUGCACAUCGUGAUUUAAAGCCUGAAAACAUCCUACUUACCCAGGACGGGAAUGUGAAAAUUACGGAUUUCGGCAGUGCAGAAUGUUUCAAAACUGUGUGGGAAGAUGAAGUUCAGCUGAGUAAUGGUAUCCGAGGUUCAUCUCCUUACAUUGCGCCAGAGGAAUUCACCACGAGAGAGUAUGACCCUAGAUGUGUGGACGUGUGGUCUUGUGGUGUCAUAUAUAUGGCUAUGCGUACUGGACGUCAGCUAUGGAAGGAAGCUCGUUUGGAAGACGAGUUUUUCCAUGAAUAUUUGAAGAUGCGGAAAUGUGAACACGGGUAUGGGCCAAUCGAAUACCUAAAACGUGCUAGAUGCCGGAAUGUCAUUUAUUGUAUGCUGGAUCCAGUCCCACAGAGGCGAAUCACAACACUCCAGGUACUCAACAGUGAAUGGGUGCGAGAAAUCCGAUGUUGUCGGAAACUAGAACGAAACAAGCCCACGAAAUUACCUAAAUAG